UUCGGCCCGUGCGAGGUCCUUCCCCGCAUCUGCUUCCUCUCGACCACCAUGUCUUUUGAAGGCCUCAUUUCUGGUGCCGAAUGCGCUGUGCCAUUCAACCCUCUCUCUCAGGUCUUAAAGCACACCGAAGGCGAUCGGAGUCUCCAACAGGAUCGGAUCGCGGGUCCUUCCUCCUCGCGACUGCACCAACUCCCGGGGACGACUACCGCGGGUGCAAGCCAGAAUGAUCUCGCCAUGGCGCGUCAAUUCUUCGAGUCCGCGCCCCUCGGAGGCACGGCCUUCGGAGCGCCCAAUCCUAUGGAGCUGGCAGCCCAUCUGCAGCAACAAAACCCGCAACAUAUGACCCCGGCCAACGAGCGGUGGGUCAUGGAGCAACAGCAGCAGAUGCGCGCGUUCGAGUCGUCCGGGUGGGCCUCGGAGUUCGGCACUGGCGUACAGACGACCCCAGGGGGCUCACUCGUCCAGCAGCACAAUUUAUCACGUCCAGACUUCCAGCCCCAGCAGACUUCCUAUAUGUCCUCCUUCUCGCAAUACAGGUCUCCGAUGGGAAUGGACAUGGGAAUGUACAAUGGUUCUGGCAUGAUGCAUUCGAUGCCGGUCCAGCUCGACAACAAGGGCAAGAGUCGGGAAGCCGACUUUGAGGCUGCGUUUGCUCAGGUGCUGGCCGCUCAUGCGGAGGAGAAACAGCAAUCUAGCCGCAUAGAGGAGAUACCUGAAGGUGAGACUGGGCUGGAGGAAGCCAUGGACAAAGCGAGACUGGAGACUGGGGAAGAGACCACAGACUUCAAGCGGGUAUGGGAUCAGUUGCAGAACUCGGACCUCCCUCCACCUGCUGAGGACAUGGCUAAAUGGGAGGCCCAAUUCAACCAGCUGAUGACUUCUGAGCGGGACGAUCUAGAUGCUGAUUACGGGGCUGCCAUGAAGAACGCUUGGGAAAGCGGCUUGGGAGAUUUUUCUGAAGAUCACACCGAAUACAGUCCGACCAAAUUCGAUCAGUCCGGGAUCCCUCUCCUUCCGGCAUACGUGUUCGAGGAAGAAAAUAAAUACCUCGCGGCGGACGCGCCCGUAAAAUCCCAUUUAAGCGAAGCCAAAGCUCUGCUUGAGCAGAAUGGCUCGCUUACCGAGGCAGCGUUGUUGCUCGAGGCUGCGAUUCAGAAGGGGGAAACGGGUGAGGGUGGUUAUGAAGCCUGGAUUCUUCUGGGAGAAACGAGAAACAUGGAUGAACGAGAAGAAGCCGGGAUGCGGGCACUCAGUCAAGGCGUGAAGCUCGCGCAAGAAGCGGGAACGCCUGGGUUGGGGAUGCUUUCGCUUGCGAUCUCGUAUACAAACGAGUCGAUGGAUCGGGCCUCGCACACGAUGCUUCUCCGCUGGAUUCUCGCUCGGUUCCCCAGUCACCCUGUGCCCCCAGAAACGUUGACUGCGAUAUCCAGCAACGCGUCGUGGGACACUCACGCGCGGCUGACCGAGGUGUUUUUGUCGCUAGCGCGUGACCAGCACAGCCGUGGGGAGAUGGACCCGGAUGUGCAGAUCGCGCUGGGGAUAUUGUUCUACACGAACAGCGAAUAUGACCGGGCCAAGGACUGCUUCGAAAGCGCAUUAUCGGCACGACCCAAGGACUUUGUGCUGUGGAAUCGAUUCGGCUCUUGUCUGUCGAACGGCAACCACCCAGAAGAAGCGCUGGGCGCGUAUCGCGAAGCUCUCGAGCUCCGCCCAACAUACACCCGUGCGAUUUACAACGUCGGGGUCGCUUGCCUGAACAUCGGAGCCCACAAGGAAGCGGCCGAGCACUUUAUGAGCGCCCUGAAUAUGCAGCAUAUGAACGGGGGUGGCGACACCAGCGAGCAGCUCUGGUUCACCCUCCGCCGUGCAUUCCUGGCUAUGGAUCGGACAGAUUUGGCUAAUCUCACCCAGCCUGGCCCAGCGCGUGGCGACAUGCAGGUCUUCCGUGCCGAAGGUUUCGACUUUUAGCGGUGUGAUCAGGCAUGUAACUAUCUACAUAGACCAAUAUAUCAAGUGAGUCAGACAUGAGUCGACGGUCACUCGAAUGCUUUCA